AUGUUUGGGUUGUUUGUCGUGUGGAACGUCGUGGCGUAUUUCGUCUUCGAGCCGCCUUCCGACGUCGAGUUCAAUUUCCCCAAGUUUGUGGGCCAGCCAGCCAAGUUUCCGAUCCCGACGGCACCGACUUGUGGCAUCCGCAAGGCCAAGUCGGCCAAAGAAGUCGUGUACAUGACCGUGGACGACGGACCGUCAGCGUCGGGCCGGUUGAACCUGCUCAACGCGAUGGACCAACUCAACAACCGCACGGACACGGAGGCGGCGUACGUGUCGUUCAUCGAGAAUGGGUACAACUUUUGCGCCCAAGACUCAAACGCGAUUGUCAACUUGACGUGCAACCCCGCCGCGUACGACACGGCUUUGCAGUUGCUCGUGUGGACAAUCAAAGCCGGUCACAUGAUCGCAGCGCACUCGGACUCGCACUUUUACGACUCCAACGCGGGAUUGUGCAACUACGUGACCAUGUCCUUGGUGACUAAGGGAAAGCUCGAGUGCAAACCCGACACCAAGCCGUGGUUUGUCUUGGGAUGGGACGUGGAGUGGUACUUGGAUGCCGAGGCAACGUACGAUGCGCAGAAGGAAAAGUGCAAAGUCGCCCAAGACAUUGUCGACCAGUUCGACAAGAAGUGGAAGCCCGGGCCGAGUGAGGACCACGUCGUGCUGCUGACCCACGACUACUUUUUUGUGGACGAGGCGAAAGCGUCUAUCUUUCGUGACGUGAUAGCUGAGCUGCAGCUUCUCGGGUAUACCAUUGGCACGUUGGAUCAGUACCCCCUCAAGCAAUAA